CAGUACAUACUGAAAUCAACUCACAGUUCCUUAAAAUUUUGUCAUGCAGUUACUGAGCCCAAGUACAACAGCAACUUGAUUCCCUCGUCAAAAGCCCUCAGUUUACCCAAGGAAGGAAGACAUGUUGUUUUUUCUGGUGAAUUUGUUGAUGAGGAAGGGAAAGAACUUGGCAAAGAUCCUAACAAAGAUAAGACUUUGCUGGCAGGUCUUCGCCCGAUACUCAGUGAGCUAAACGGUUACGACUCAUCCCUAGGUCAGUGCAUGUGCUCCUGGUUAGUGUGCCGUGAUGGCAGUAUGUCAAUUACACAAUUUUGGAUGUUUUGCGGGGUGCCUUGUUACGAGAUGUUUAAAUUGUCUGUAUGAAAGAACGUUUCAGCUAAUUAUUUAUUGUUUGUAACGUAAUAAAAAAUUUUAAAAAAUAAAACCCUGCAGUCAUUCAUUCGAAUUGGGUUUAUAUACGGUUAAAAUUUCCUAAGAGGAAACCCAUGGAACUACAAAAAGGUGUGUACUCAAAGAGUCACGCCAAAAAAGAGGAUGAAAAUAAUUAAAAUAGAGUACAACAUAGAGUUGUAUCUUGUGUCUUGGACCAUGAUGAGCUUCUCGCUCGAGGACGAAGUACCCAUCAGGGGAUAUUAGACUGCAUUUGACACGGAAAGGGAAUAAAUAGUUCUAGUCGCACAUUCAAUAAAAAUAUGAUAAUGGCUUAACCGAAUAGUGUGACUGCAUACUUGACACAGGUCGUAUUUCGUGGCUCUAUAACUUGAUUUUGUUUUUCCUGGAUUUCUUGUGGUUGAUUCUAAUCAACACAACUAAAACUAAAAAAAUCUCGAAACAUUAAGAUAUUAUACUUUCACCCGCAAUAGCUACCUAUGAAUAUGAGAUUUAAAGAGAAAAUAAAAAGAUAAUCCCUAAUAUUUUAAACUUCUGUUACAGACUGGUCACCUCUUUUGCAAGACAAAGAAGUGUCUCAAGACUAUCCUCCUACAACCGAAAAUNAUCAACACAACUAAAACUAAAAAAAUCUCGAAACAUUAAGAUAUUAUACUUUCACCCGCAAUAGCUACCUAUGAAUAUGAGAUUUAAAGAGAAAAUAAAAAGAUAAUCCCUAAUAUUUUAAACUUCUGUUACAGACUGGUCACCUCUUUUGCAAGACAAAGAAGUGUCUCAAGACUAUCCUCCUACAACCGAAAAUGCUAGUCCCUCCCCAACAAUUCCACAAAAUUCCUGGAAAAUAGAGAAAGAGAAGCAAAAUGUAACAGAUUGGCAAGAUGGAGGUCAACUUCAAGACAGUAACAUUAAAGAUGUUGCAAAUAAUGCGCCAGCAAACAGUAUGUCAAACGGACCAAGCGAACCAAAUUCCACAACAAAUGCCAGCACCACUGUUACGACAAAUAAACAAGGGAGUAAAGUUAAUCCUGCAUCACAAGCACCAAUUGUAGCAGGCAGUCAAGGACGAAAUCAGGCGAAUGGUCAAGGGGGUUUAGGCUUAAUCGGAAAUGGUGUCGCCUCUUCUAGUAGUGGAGUAAACCAAGAAAAUGGCAUUAGUUCAAACGCCUCUCCAGGCAAUACAGGUUCAAGCAGCCAAGGAUCCGGACCUCCCAUUGCAGUCAUUCCAGCCAAUGGUGGCGGCAGUCCAAAUAGUGGAGGUGUCAAUACUGCGAACACUGGUUUAUCUGGAGGUAUUCCAGGACAAACCGGUAACGCUCUAGCAAGUUCAGGACAACCUGGAGGUAAUCAAACUUCAAUUGAUUUAUCCUGUAAUUUCUUUAAGCAACCUAUGCCACUGAUAUUAAUAUUUAAAGGAAAUAAAGGGAGAUGUAAAGAAUCAACCAUAAGAGGACACAGAAAAAAUCUCAGCCCCAGAUGGGAUUGGAACCCACGACCCUCCGUGUUCUAGAUCGGAUGCUUUGACCUCUGAGCUACUGAGGACUCGUUGGCGAGCAAGGGUCAUUUUUUGUGGGUUGGACUUGCGAACCGCAUCUCGCAGUCACACAGUCCAUCACAAGCAACACAUUAAGGCUUAACUGUAUCACACAGUCACAUUAAUAGUAAGAAAUGUCUCACUCAUGAAGGAGCCUCCAACCAACCAACCUAUGCCACUGAUAUUAAUAUUUAUUUAUUCCCUUUAUUUCCUUUAAAUAUCAAUAUCAGUGGCAUAGAUUGAUUCUUUACAUCUCCCUUUAUUUCUUUAAGAUGAGGAAAAAGAAAGCACAAGGUUUUUUUUUUUUUAACAGGUAAAUUUUCAUAAUAUUUUGUGGCGAAAUAGUCCUGACAACCCUUUAAGUAAGCUAAUUAAUUGAGCUGAGUUAUGCCAGCAGGUUAUCUCUCUGUUCCCCCAGCCUUGGCUAACUCGUACGACGUCGACACGUUCAACACAUUGAAAUCACUCUGCUCCAAGUAGUGCUUCCCAAUUCGCUGCGGGUUGUAUUUUUAAAACAUUAAUCACUAUAUGCUGUUCCUGGAGUUGAAACAAUUGUUUAAUAUUCAUGAUACUUUAAGCUCUGUUACUGAUUGAAUAUUAGAUACAUAGAUUUGUGUGUGUAAUCAAAUGGUGACGAGUGAAAUUACUCGGAUUUGGACAAAAAGCAAGUGAAAUUAUUCCCUAAUUUCACGAGUAUACCAUUUGAUUACCUAUUAAUAUCAUGGGUGACGAAUUACGUUAGCAAUCUUGGAUUUUUGACAUGCUUAUCCUGGAUCGUAUCGAUCGAGAACUCCACUCUCUCAAAUGUUUAGACCUUAAAUUUGGCUUAUAAAGUUCAGAAUUUUUGAGACUAUUUCGGCAAAAUACCUGUUAAAAUCCUUCUUGAUGUUCUCUUGUGUGUUCAGGUUUUCUAAAGCGUCUUUUUGAGCCCUGACAUCUUCGCCAUCUUGACACUGAGACGUACGGAGGGUUGCCAUGGCAAUUUUGUAAUUUCAUAUGUGAAAUUACAAAUUAACGCUGAAAUUUCGCGCCAAAACUAAGGAGUAAUUCGUCACCUUUGAUAUUAUUAUGGAAAAUGCAGUAGAUUGUAUUUACUUAUGAAGUCAUGUAUGUAAAUAAUUCUAUUGUUUCGCGAGGGCGCACUUGAAUUUGAGCCUCAUUCUGCCUUGUGGCCCUAGUCAUUGUUUGCUUUUAAUUAUUUUAAUUGCCCUUGUUUGAUGUGUAAAGGUUUGUAAAGAAAAAAAAUGGAUGAGCAAUUAGUUUUAAGCUAUAAAAAGUUUGCUAUGGCUCUAUUUAGGGUCCGAUUGGAGUUGUGCACAACGAUCUAAAAUACAGACGACCUGCCUCGAUCGACUAGAUGUUAAUGUCCCCCUUAUAUUUUGUUAUCUAUUCUUUAAACAAUGGCUAGUAAACAUCUGUAAUGGCCGCAAAAAUAAUGUAUAAAUUACUGGUUGAGUUCGCCCACUCUAUAUACAAUUUCAGGGCCGAUGCAAGUCAUUCAAACACAGCUGUUGCCUAUCCCAGUCCUUCCUGUUCAGACUCUUCCCAUUCAAACCCUUUCUCCAGUGCUGUCCCCACAAGGGCAAUUUCCGUUUAUCACGCCAAACCAACAGCAACAACUGCAACCAACAAACCAGAGCAAAGUUCCUCAAGUGAAUGAGAGGGAAAGCACUCAAAAUCCGAAUCAACCGGUUUCUGGGAAAAGUGAGCAAAAUCCAGAUCCAUCCGUUUCUGUUAGUGGCCCAAAGAACAACAAAGGAAACAAAGGUCCGGAAGAGGCGACGUUUCAAACUCUUACAAAACCACCCAAUGGUCAACCUACAACGUCAAGUUCUGUCAAUAAAGAAACUCAACGUUCUACUGCAAGCCAGCAACAUACUACUACAUCUUCAUCUCAAGCAAAUCCAACAGAAGAUAACAACAGUUCCAGUGGAUCAAAUUCUACCAAAGCACCAAAUUCUAAUAAGAUUACGUUACCUACUAAGUCAACACCAGUUCCUCAAAGAGGUAAAGCUGCGACAGCCACAUCAACCAAUUCAUCCAUUGUGAAUUUGAACAAACCGAACGGAACUCAAACAAGUGGAAAGGCGAACGCCGCUUUAUCGACUUUUAAACCGAAAGUUUCAGCUGCAGGAAAACCAUCUCAAAAGCCACAGGUGGUUUUAUGCCAGAUAGUUUGUGGAAGCGACUGUUGUCCGAUAGAAGUUAAAGCUCCAACCGCAAAGCCAACCGCGGCUAAUCCGACAACGAAACCCACAACACUUCCACCGACAGGUGCUAAAGGGGAAGCAAAACAAAAGCCAACAACGCCCCAGGAAGUCAUUGCUGCACCACCCGUACCAAUGAGACACCAUAACUGGCUAGGAUGGUUUCCUCAGUCGGCUCAUCCAAUGCCUGGUAAUCCAGUGUCCGUACCUAUUACCCCUCCGUUCAUGUACAUGACACUUCCGCCAGCCACAGCUUCGCCUGUCUUAGACAAAGAAAGGUUUCGUCAGGUGGAACACCAAAUGCAUACAGUCCAAGUACCGGCAGUUCCUCCUUUAACUAUUUCGUCUGCUGUAAGUCCGCAAGAGGACAAGGAUGACCCGAUACUGAUUGGUAGGGUAGCAGUUUUUACUUAG